AUGUCACAAAUCAAGCAAACUUAAAGAAAUUCAAAAAAUUUGGACUUGCAACCUCAGCCUUAGCCAUAAAUUCAAGGAAGCCAAAAACUACCUUAGGGACAACAAGAAAAACAGAACUAAUAAUAGCUCUAGCCAAGGAAAAGUGGCCCAGAUCAGACUACCAAAUUGAAGAAUCCAAAUGAUACAAAAACAUACGUAUUGAUGACAUUGUAUAUUCAUUAGUCUUUGAUUUAACCUGAGACCAAUCGAUAAGAACAAAGUUAGGAGGUUAAGAUUGCUAAUUAAGAGUCUCCACCAAAAUUUGCUUGUCUUAAACCUCGCCCUGAUCCUGUUUUGAAUUGGGAAACCCACCAAGAGAAGAAAUUAUAUAGUGAAUUCCAGGAGUUUAUAGAAUCUCGCUACCUAGAAGUUAAGAGAUGCUCGAGCAUAUAUAAAUAUUAUGCUAAAAUAGGACUUCAAGUAUUUAUUUACAUUUUAAAUGUGCUUGAACUAAUUUUUACUUUAAGCUACAAAUCCUAUAAUAAUAUCCCUGAUAGUGAAGUAUUUUAUUUGGGUUGCUAUCAUAUCUCUAUUAUUGGUUGUGCUUUACUUCACAGUGCGACUUGGAUGUACACAUAUAAAUUCAGAUAAGUUGCCAAAAAGAGUUUGUUCAUAGAAAUUUCAUAUUAUAUCUUUUACAUGUUUAUGGGAGGAUUAAGCUUUUUUAAAAUAGCUCCAUUUAUCUAUUAUUACAACAGAGACCAAACAAUUACGUAGUUCUCUUUCAGUUAAAUUAAUAAAUACUUGAUUUUAGAUGGAGAAGAUAAAUUUAGAAAUCCGUGUAUGCUUUUCAAACACAGAACAAAACCAGUCAAUAUCUUUAGAGAUUUAAUUUUCCAUAGGAUUGCUCUUCUUUCCAUGAUGAUUACAAUGUGUCUUCAAACAUUCCCUUAACUUUUUAUCUAAGGUUUCUACAAUACAGAACAUGAAUGGGAUGGUUUCAAUGUUUUUAGUUAUUUAUUACUAAUAAGUAAUUUAAUCUAUUACCUUUUGGAAUUGCAAUUUAUUGUUUUCACAACAACUUAUAGAUAGAUACAAACGGAGCUUCAAUUUAAAUUGAAGAAAAUAAAAUUAAAAUUCAUUUAAGAAACUAAACAAUUAUUAAAGUCGGAUAAAAAAUAUCUGGGAUUUGUUAAAUCAUUUUACUUUCACAUUGAUCCAACUACAUUUAGUUCUUAUCAAAAGAAAAGAUGCAUGGUUUAAAUUAUCACGUUCUUAACUAGAUAUAAGAAAUUCUAAAAUGUAUAAUUUCUAUAUAUUGAUUAAUAUGAUGAAGUUACCUUAUAAUAUUUAGCAAAUUGUUUUAAAUUGAUUCAAGUAGAAAAUAUUAGCUUAUAAUAUAAAGACGCAAACAAGUUAAAAAUGUUGUAAGAUACUUUUAAAUCUCCAAAAAUAAAGAUUGAACUAAUGCAAGACUAAAAUGUUGAUUAACUAUGGGAUACAGAUAAAGUAGAUCCCAAUGCAGAAGAAUAAAAAAUUUAAGAAAUUCAAUUUAUUGAAAAUCCAAAAAUUAAUGCUGGUUGGUAGGCAGUGGCAUAAAACUAAAAAAUAAUUAGGGAAUAUAUUGAAAUGAGUUAUCAUUUUAUGAAAUUGAUACCCGAUCAUUUAAGAAAAUCAGUCAGAUUAAAUUCUAAAUCAUAUGGAACAGGCACAAUAUAAAGUUAAAUUAACAUUGCUUAGACUGAUAGAUAAGAAACUUAAAUUGAUAUUGCUAUGGAAGCAAAACAUCAAUUUCAAAAUAUAUCCAAAAAGGAAAUCUUGGAGGAAAGCUUAGGAUAUUUUAAAUGUUUGAUGACUUAUUAUAACUAUUUCGAAACCUGGGGCCAAAUGAAUUAGUAUUAGGCUACUAUGUAAUCUUUACAAUCAUUUUUGAAUGGAGGUUUGCAGAUAGUUUCACUUGUUUACAUAGGAGAUGAUCCUGAUAAGUUUUAAUCUGCUUUAAUCGUAUUAACUGUUGUCAUUCCUGUGAUUCAGAUGUUAUCCUUUAUGGUGUUUUAACAUAGAGUAUUUAAGACUUUAAAUAUUUAAAAAUAAAUUUAGAAUGUUCUACUUUUUGCUAUUUUUAACUUUUUAAAAGUUUGGGAUAUUGUAAUGAUUGCUAUGUAUUUUUUCUCAAAGAAAUUUUUUUCUAAUUUAGAGAGAAAAUUUAGUGCUGAAGGAUAUAUAAAAUUUAAAAGCUAUGCUUCCAAAUUUUAAGGAAGUCUUCCUAUUUCAGUGUUUUAGUAUGAAACUGUUUAGGUUGAUUCUAAGAGCAUUUUGGCAAUAAAACAAUUACCAUUUUACUAGGCAGUUAUGUGGAGAACUAGUGUCGAAGAAGCUUUAAACAAGAUUCCUUAAUUCUUUAUUUAUAUUUUAGCUUUAUCAUCUACUGGUUUAACAGCCGUGUGGGCAAUGUCUUUUUUCCAGCAAAUAAAAGAAGGUGUUUUAGCAGUCAAAGAUAUAUUAGAAGUUGUAAUUAAAGACUUUUUUAUACCAGCUCUAAUUUUAAGUACGGUUUCUGUCGAAUAAUUCUUCUAAUCCAUGUUGUAUUUGAGUUCAAUAUCAAAUUAGUUUUUAUUAGAAUAUCCUAAAUCCUUUUAAAUCAUGUCGAAAGUCAAUGAAAAAUAUUUAAAAGAAAAAUGUACUUUUAAAAUUAACGUGGAACAUAUGGAUUUUUCAAAUUAUAAAGAGAAAAAAAAAGAGAAGAUACUGGCUUAGUUUAGGUAUGUGCUUGCUUCUAUACAAAAUAUCUUAGAAAUAGAUAAAGCAUAAAGACUAUUUUGCAUGGGACCUGAAAUAAAUGAUUUUGUAAGAUGUUUAAAAGUUAGUCCAAUUUAUUAAUUGAAGCUCAAUUUCAAUUUAGAUGAGGUAAACCCUCUUGAUCUUCCUCAUAUUAAUGCUUUUAUUAAAUAUUGUCCACCAUAAUUACAAUUUCUACAAAUCUAAGUUGAAGCAACAGAAGAAAUAAAAAUGCCCUUUUGUGUUGAAAGAAAAGCUACUCUUAAAGCCUUUUCUUAUUCUUAUUUCUAGAUAAUUUAAUAGUACAAAGAUAGUGCUUAAGUUGUUUAAUAAAAAAGUUUAGAUGUAAACAAAGAUUUUUUAGAAUUAGAUAGGUAUGAUUUUGAAUAAUUCUAUUUUGAAAUUGCGGGUAACUUAAAUUUAGAAUAGUGUUCAUAAUUAUUUGGAAAUUUCAAAGAGCUGAAGAUUUUCUAGUUAUCCAUUAAUAAUAAUGCCAUAAUGCAGAGCUUUAACUUUUCUGAUAACAUAAAAAGCAAAUUGGAAGUACUAGAUAUCACUUUUGAAAAUAUAAGAUUAGAUUUUUAAUAAUUUCCAUUUAAUACCCUGAAAACUCUUAAAAUGAAUUUGAAAAGAUGUGAAUUUAAUAAGACAGGAUUAUAUUAAAGCUUAGUAAAUCUAAAAAAUGGAGAAUCUAAAGUAAUUUUAAUAGAUUUGAGUUAAUGCACAUCAACUUUUACAAAGGCUGAACAUUCAAAUUUGGUGAAAGCAUUAGAAUAAAAUAAAUUUGAUGUAACCAUUAUAAUAUGA